AUGCUCUUCGUCGGCGCUCGUCUGCUACCGCGAGCGGUGGCUCGUUCGAGUGCGACCUCGCUGGUAUCGCAAGUGCGCAAUUUGAGCUUGUCAGCGGCUCGACGCACCGUCGCCACGCCCGUCUUAUCUCAGGCCGCUGCCAAGUCUUCCAGCACUGCGACCAAGUCUCGGAAGUCUGCCACCGCCAAUACGAAGAAGAACACGGCUACGAAGAAGGAUGAGGGAGCCAAAGCUAGUGGAACAAAGAAGAACAAUAAGAAGACGGCAUCAGUAUCGGCAGAUAAGAAGAAGAAGGAGGAGGAUCGACCUUGGAUUAAGCAGGAUGCGAACGGCAAGAAUGGUGAGUUGAAGGAACAGGACUGGGGUGCGCACCUAGAAUGCAGGCUGCGACGGGACUUCUGCACCAAGAACAGAAGUAGCGCUUGUCGAUGUGAUGAGACGCUGCCCUCUGGCUCAAGCAUCUCGGCGAUGAGCCAACAUCGCCAGGUGAAUGCUUGCAAAGAGCAACUCACACGCUGACACCUCACACCGCCACCUUUGCUCCCACUCUCUCUAGUGCCUCUGCCUUAUACGCUUCGACCCAAAAAACCUUCCGUCUUUGUCAUGUUCGCUGCUGCUCGUUUCCCCAUCCUUCGGGCCAAGCCUGAAUAUUCCUUGACGAAAAAGGAUGGUACGCGCGGUGUUGAUGCGCAAAAGAUUAGCGGAGCCGUGGGUGAAGAGUGGAAGGCCAUGUCAGAGGCGGACAAGCAGCAAUGGAACGACAAGUUCGAGUCCGCCUUGGCUCAGUAUGAAGCUGGUGCGCAUUUCAAGACACAUGAAAGCGCCUGCAUGCGCGAGCACACAUCACUCACUCUUCUUUCGCGCCGUGUCCAACAGAUUACAAGAAGUGGAAGAGCAGCUUGACGAGGGAAGACAUUGAGCGUCAAAACGCUUUCAACAGACAUCGGCGCACUUUGAAAACCAGACCCAAGCGCAUCAUCAACCUUGUAGACCCUCUUAAACCCAAAAAGCCACCCAUACCCUUCUGGCUCUACCUCAACAGAGAGGAGGGAGAGCAGAAGCCAGCUGGGAUGAGACAGGCCGAGUGGGUUCGGGAGCAGAGCCGCGCAUAUCAGGCCCUGAGCGAGGCCGAAAAGGGGGUGAGUGUGCGAGCGCGCCGCGUGUAAAGUUCGGCGUGUUCCCAAGCCUUGCCGCAUGUCGCUUGGUGCUGACACUUUGCGGGGCGAUGUUCACAGCCGUAUGAAGAGCAGUUUGCCAAGAACAAGGAGCAGUACAACCGCGCCCUGAAAGAGUACAACGAGGGCACCAGCGCUUGA